AUGGAAUCGAAAGGCAACAAAAGAUUGAACAAGGAGAUGUUUUCCCAUAUUCUACACUUGCCUUCUAAUGGUUCUUUUGAAGUUCCUAUGUAUGAACAAGAAACAAAGAAACGAAAGGCUAUUGGGGUGUUGAAAUGUUUUAAGAAGCUCAGGUUUUUAACAGUCGAAGAGCCUUCUACCAUAGCUUUGCCAAAACCAAAUACUUUUGAAGUAAAUCACGAUAGUGAAGAGACGGAAGAUGUAUUUCUAGGAAAUGAUGAUCUCAUAUUUCAUGUUUUAACAAGAAAGGAUGCCACUAUUGAAUCAAAUAUCAAGGAGACAUGA